AUGAAAUGCGCCGAAGUCAAGAUAUGCUUAGAGGUUCUUGACAAUUUAAUGAAAAGACCAAUACUAAAGCUCUUUUUACCGAGACAAACACAUUCAAACGAGAAUUAUAUCGAUGAAAACAAGCUAACAUUCGAUAAAAUUAAAGAUAAAUUGUUUUGUUUAGAAUACAAUCAUGUAAAUGAUUUCGUGAAUGACGUACAUGCUAUUUUCGAGAGCUAUAAGGAGAUUGCAAAAGAUUUAUUUCGCGAACUUUCAUUAUCUGAUUUAGAAACAGAAUUUAAUGAGGAAAUGAAAGAGAAGUUUGUAAUAGACAAUAAUACUUCAUUUGACGCAAAAUGUUCAAAAUUAGUAACACUUCUAAAAAAUCCUCCAGACAAUUUUAUUCAAAUAGCACAGAGAAUUCAUGAUAAAGAUUAUAAACCAAUAUAUCAAACAAUUUCGUUCGAUAAACUCGAAGAUCUUAGUUUAUCAAUCAAAAAUUGUGAAAAUCCUCGAAUUACGAAAGGAGUGAUCUCAAUAAUAAGAGCAUUUCAGGAAUUUGAUGAAUUUACUCAAUUACAAGAUUUUCAUAUAAAAAUGAAUGAUUUACCUGUUCAAUGCCUUCACCUCUUGAAUAACUACGUCCAGGAACAGUUUAAAGUAGAAGGAAUACCAUAUCCUCUUCGAUCAAUUUCUUAA